GCCGCCGCCGCCAUUUUGGACCGACCGGAGCGCCGCCCACGGCCCAAGCCGAUCCCGAGCCGCAGGUCCCGACCCGCCGGCCCGCCGCGCUGAGUCUGCGGGCGCCGUGUCCGUGGGCGCAUCGCCCGGCCGGGCCCAUGUGCGCGCGUCCCGCCCCAGGCCGCCCGCGCCCUGGCCGUCACCCGGGCCUCCGAGGAGCCGCCGCGACGCCCGGCCCGCGGGGCGGGUGAAGAGAUUAUAAAUCUACUGAAUGAAAACAUUUUUCUUAAAGUUGCAUAUACUCCAAGAGAAAAUCCCAAAUGUUUUUAUAUUUUGCCUAAAUACAAAAUUUAAACAAGGAGUUUCACAGAAGUCAGGACCUCUGAGGAGAAAGUGUGCCAGCCCCUGUUCUGGGCUCCUCAUCGGGUAGCUCAGUUCAUCCUCACAGCAGCUCUAUGCGGAGGGUGCUCCUUGCCCCCAGUUUACAGGGCUCUGUGCAUGGAACUGCAUGAUCACACGGACAACAUUUCUCUUUGGAAGCUGCCUUCUGUCUGAUGGUUAUACUAACCAGAAAAAGUAAAUGAAGAGGCAGAACUUGAAGUUCCUCUCAUUUGGCUGUUGGAUAAGAGUCUAGAAGAUGCUGCUUCCUAGUAAUCUCGGCAGCUGCUUCCCCUGCCUGAACACCUCCUUCAUGACAUGCAGAUUGUUUCGUGGAAUCUCUCCAGUCUCAUAGAAGGACAGCCACUCCUCAACUUGUUCUCGAAGCUUCUCCCCAAAUACACUGCUCUGUGGCCAUCACCAUGUUCUGGAAGUUUGACUUGAACACCACGUCCCACGUCAACAAGCUGCUGGAUAAGGAGGACGUGACGCUGCGAGAGUUAAUGGACGAAGAUGACAUCUUGUAGGAGUGCAAGGCCCAGAACUGGAAGCUGCUGGACUUGUGCAGGCAGCGGAGCAUGGAGGAGCUGGUGAGCCUCGUCACACAGGACCCGGCCCUGGACAUGGAAGAGAAGGUCCACUUCAAGUACCCAAAUACAGCCUGUGAGCUGCUGCCGUGUGACGUGCCGCAGAUCAACGACCGGCUGGGAGGGGACGAGACUUUGCUCAACCUUCUUUACGACUUCUUGAACCGUGAGCCGCCCUUCAGUCCUCUCCUCGCCAGUUUUUUCAGCAAGACCAUUGGCAGUCUCAUUGAAAGAAGAACUGAACAGGUGAUUGUGUUCUUGAGGAAGAAGGACAAGUUCCUCAGCCUGGUAUUGAAGCACAUCGGCACCUCGGCCCUCAUGGACCUGCUGCUGCACCUGGUCAGCUGCGUAGAGCCCGCCGGGCUCCGGCAGGAGGUCCUGCACUGGCUUAAUAAAGAGAAGAUCAUCCAGAGACUCGAGGAACUGAUCCAUGCGAGUCAGGAUGAAGAUAGGCAGUCCAACGCUUCUCAGGCGCCCUGCGACAUCGUCAGGCUGGGCAGGGAGCAGGGCAGCCAGCUGCAGGAGGCUCCGGAGCCAGACCCCCUCCUCACGGUGCUGGAGUCGCAGGACUGCAUGCAGCAGCUGCUGAAGAACAUGUCUGACGGAGCCCAGACUGAGCUCUGCCUCGUCAGUGGGACCCAGGUGUUACUGACCUUGCUUGAGCCCAGGAGGGCGGGGAUGGAGGGCUUGCUGGACUCCUGCUCCCUGGGACUGGACAGGCUGUGUGCCAUCGGCUCCAGCGUCCUGCGUGGCAUCGAGCCGUGGCUGAAGGACUUCCACCAGCUUCUGCUCAGCCCGCCAAAGAAAACAGCGAUCCUGACCACCAUCGGCGUGCUGGAGGAGCCCCUGGGUAAAGCCCGCCUGCACGGAGCCCGCCUCGUGGCCGCUCUGCUGCACACGGACAUGCCCAGCAUCAACCAGGAGCUCUGCUGGCUCAACGCCAUGAGCUUGCUGCUGGACCUGUUUGUUAAGUACUCCUGGAAUAACUUCCUGCACUUCCAAGUGGAGCUGUGCAUGGCCGCCAUCCUGUCCCACGCUGCCCGGGAGGACAGGGCCGUGGCCAGUGGACCUGAGGACGGGGUGGAGCCUCCACCCUCCAUCGGGGACCCAGAGACCCCCCAGCCUGCCGCCAGCCGCCCCGAGAGCACGAUGGUGACCCACCUGUUCCAGAAGUGUUGCCUGGUCCAGAGGAUCCUGGAGGCCUGGGAAGCCAGUGACCACACACAGACAGUGGAUGGCAUGAGGCGCGGGAACAUGGGCCACCUCACCCGGAUCGCCAACACGGUGGUGCAGAACCUGGAGGGGGGCCCCAUGCAGACCCAGGUCAGCGAGGUCAUCCGAGGGCUCCCCUGGGACUGCCGCGGGCACUGGGAGAGCUUUGUGGAGGAGACACUGACAGAGGCCAACCGCAGGAACGCGGUGGACCUGGUUAGCACCCACCAUUGUCACCCCUUAAGUGAGGAAGAGGACGUGGAGGGCGUUUUCCCUAGUGAGCUGUCCCUUCAGCAGGCUUUCUCCGAGUACCAGAUCCAGCAGAUGACGGCCGCCUUCGUGGACCCGUUUGGCUUCAGCAACGAGGAGUUUGCCGAGCAGGACAACAGCGUCAACGCCCCAUUUGACAGGAUCGUGGAGAUCAACUUCAGCGUCGACAGCCCCGGUGCCACUCUGUUUGAGGCCUGCUGCAGUGACCACAUCCAGCCCUUUGACAAGGACGACGACCUCUGGGAGGACGAGGAGGCACACCGUGUGGCUUAAGUGACCAGAGCCAGGUUCGGGGGCCCUCAUGCUUCAGAGAGCUGCCGGAAGGACGGCCCGGAGCGCCGAGGCCAGGGCGGGGAGGAGAGCUCGGGAGCAGACGGGGACACGGCUCGGGCGGGGGCCCCUCGGGCUGCCGCCCAGAAGGAAGGUCCUCGUGUUGAGGGUGGCUCAGAAGCAGGUGCCCCGUGGACGGUGUUUGAUGAGCCGGAGAGUUCCAUGGCCUCGGGCCCGGCCCUGGCACUGGCGAUGGGCGUGGGUUCCAGUGUGUGGGCGGCCAGCUCCCCCAGUGCCUUGGCUCCAGAGGAGAAAGGCUGGGCCGAGUUCGCUGACUUCUAGCCUUUCUGCUGCCCUGAGUCGGGGCCCAGGUGCAGCUCCUCGGUGGACAGAGGUCAUGGCGAUGCCCAGGGUGGCCUGAACCAGGGCCCAGAGAGAACCCUUGGCCCGGCCACUCCGGGUGCCUGGAACGCAUGUGUUACCAGGAAGGCGCCCCUGGUGGCCUCCAGGAGCCGUGAGGACAAGCAGAUGGUGGCUGUUGCCUCGGAGGCCGUUAGUGUGGGUCCCGGUCGGGAGGCCGCCCUCCGGAAGGGCCCUGGGCCCGUGUGGCCCACAGAGUGGGCUGAGUGCGCCACCAGCACGCCUCCAGACCUGGCCUCCCUUGCGCCUGUGGAAGUGACCUCUGCCCUGGUCGUGGCCGUCCUUCCCGAGGCUGCCAUGGCGGCCACCACGGUACCGAGCAACGCCGGCCCCUCCCUGGCCACCCUGGCAGUCUCUCCUGUGCUGGCCGUGGCCGUCACCACUACAGCCCCAGCUGGCCCAGCUGUCUCCACGGCGGCCGCCCUAGGGACGGUGACAAAGGACAGGCAGACUGACGGGCCGCCGCCUGCAGGAGCCGCCUUAAAUAGCCUCGUGUGAUGCUGCUGCCGCCACCCAGCUUUGGCGCCCCAGCCAAGAAAACUACCUGGUGACACAGUUCAUCUUUUUAAAUUAAAUUAAAUUUAAUUUAAAAAUAAAUGCUGCAUUGGUAAAGCUGACUGUUGGAACCAGUCGGGCAGCCCAGCCUGCAUUUCUCCUGCCUGACUCUGGGUGGGCCUCGAGGGUCCAGCCCCACGCACAGCAAUAAGGCCUCAGACGGGGUCUCUGCCUGCGGGGGCCGUGACUCCAGACGCCGUGAGGACCGAGGGCUGGGCUGGGAGCCACAGGCUCUGAGCCUGUUUUUAUCCAUUAUUUAACAAACGCAGAUAGAGCUACAUGUUUGCACUUUUUAUCCAGUGCAGGAGAGGGUCUCUGAGGCUCUGGGGACAAAUGUGGGUCUGGAGCUGGGCUGGCCAGACAGGGUUUUAGCUGCCUGGUGGCCCUGGGAGCUGGUCUUGAGCCAGGCUGCAAACCUGACUGACUUAAAAAUAAAACGAGCCCCCCGCAGCCUGGCAGGGUGUCCCAGGCUUCCCGCUGCAGUGGGCAGUGGGGGCGCCUGGCAGGAGCUGGCCACGGGCUGCAGGAUGGGAUGCGGAGGGCCCAGCAGUGCCUGGGGGUGGGGGCCUAACCCUGCACCUGCCGUGGAGGGCAGGGCCGAGCUGC